GUUUUUGUCCUGGUUUUCUUUGUGGGCUGUAUCAUAUGUCUGACAUUCAUUAUAAAUCAAUACCUGGAAUUUGACGUAAUCCACCAACCAAAAAAGCUUUAUGAUUCUCCGCGUUCAUUCCCUUCGGUGACAAUUUGCAACUUACGGCCAUUUUCAACCAGAGAUAUUCGUCGUUUGAAAUCCGCAGGUGCGGUACCGGUCGACAUGUACUUCGACGGCAUCGUCAGAAUGAGCUCACAUGUGCCAAUGGAACAGAGACGAUACUUGAGUACGCUUUGGACCAUGGAUGCCUACAUGUCAAACCUUCCCGAGGAAAUCGACGCCAAGGAGCUAGGUCAUUCCCUGAAAGACAUAGUAAAAAGGUGUUAUAUUUUGUACAAAACAGGGACUCUAACAAGAGGCACUGAGUGUGACCGGAUGGGUUACUGGACUAAGACGAGGGAUCGGAUAUUUCACAAUUGCUUCACCUACACUGUGUACAAAACCAGAACAGAUAUGGCACUAAAUAUGGAGUUGGUGAUCUAUUUGGAUAAUAUUGUGGAACAUACAGACUGUUUUGACUGCCAAGAAAGAAUAAGGGCUAGUCAGUUAACUGGAGCUCGUCUUCUACUCCAUCCAAGUGCCACUUACCCCCGUGUGGCUGAAGAAGGAAUUAAUCUUAUGCCCGGCACAAUGACGGAUAUUCGAUUUAAUGUGUAUGAAUGGUCGAUGAUGGAACCGCCUCACGGCCGGUGCAGCUCACACACACCAAAAUCUCUACAGUUUGACCACAUAAACUACUCCUACUCGGAAGAGGCAUGUCACGCACACAUGGAACAGCAGCAGAUUGCGACCACAUGCAAAUGUUUAUCACAAUCGCUACCCAUUCCGACCCAUUUGAAAAAUCAAGGUUUGCCAAUGUGUCAAGCGCUGAAAUUUCCGGCCACCUACGACGCUUUGAACAAUUCCAAUCACAGUAAACAGGUGUAUUUCAGCAGAGAGGCGGUGCAAGCGUUUGUGACAUAUGCGAGUUGUGCGGAGCGCGUUGGGACCGGUUUGGAUAGUCAGAAGACUGGAUGUCGCCCAGCCUGUAUUCGAUACACGUACAAACCGAGUAUCACUGCUGCACAAUGGCCAACAAAAACAUUUAUGACUUGGUCUGUAAAUAAAUUUUUGCAACAACUGUCAACUCAGGACUCCCAUGCUCGCAACACAUCACGCCCGGAUGAGACACAUCGGGAAGCGGAACGCUUAAAAGAGCUUCGAAAUCUGCUUCAACCUUAUCAAGAGGUAGAACGAUUGACACGUGCUGGUCAUCAAAAGGAAGCGAUUAAGAAAUUAAUGGAACUUCAAAUUUUUGAGCGCAACUUUCUUUCCAUUGUGAUUUCGAGACCGAAUUUUGAUCUUGAAAGAGUUGAAGAGAAGGCGGUGGUCUCACUCACUUCGCUAUUUAGCCAAAUUGGUGGCUUGCUCAGCAUAUGGAUCGGUCUGACUUUCGUUUGCAUUGUGGAACUGGUCGAACUAGGAAUAAAUGUUGCGGACACCAUUUGGAAUUAUCGCCAACGAAAGCUGCCUGAAACGGCACACUAGAGAAAAACGCCAGUGUUGGUCUUCACUUGGCAAUGUUCGAUCUUUAACUAUGCCGAUGCGUGUGAUUCAGAUGCCCUUACUAACCUGUGUCCUUCAACUUUUGUUUUUGUACAAAUCGAUUUCUCUUUAAACAAACAAUAAGUGGUACAUUUUAUCAAUGACAGAAUCGCC